AUGGCAGAACAUGAUAACUUCAUCACAAAGGCCAUCAAAGGCUACGAUUACGUCCUGGAAAAUGGAGACCCAAGGGUAGACGGCUGGUUCUUGAUGAGCUCUCCAAUGCCCAGCUUCAUCAUCUGCAUGGCCUACUUCAUCUUUGUGCUGAUGUCUCCGACCUUCAUGAAGAAUCGCAAACCGGUGAAGAUGAAGCCUGUGCUUAUUUUCUACAAUUUCUCGAUGGUUGCAUUGUCAGGCUACAUGUUCUAUGAGUUCCUCAUGGCAGGUUGGUUGACAGGGUACAGCCUAGGGUGUCAGCCCGUCGAUUACUCCAACUCUCCGAAAGCAAAGAGGAUGGCCCGAGUGUCCUGGUUGUUUUUCAUGUCAAAGUUCAUUGAACUUCUCGACACGGUGUUUUUCAUCAUGAGGAAGAAAUUCAACCAGGUAUCGUUCCUGCACGUGUUUCACCACGGCAUCCUGCCUGUCUCCUGGUGGUUCGGAGUCAAACUUGUGCCAGGCGGUUUCGGAACGUUCCACUCCAUGAUCAACUCCUGGAUCCACUUCAUGAUGUACAUGUACUACGGACUCUCCGCCCUGGGCCCGGCCUUCCAGAAGUAUCUGUGGUGGAAGAAGUACAUGACCACCUUGCAGUUAGUGAGUACAUGUACACCAAUGUGCGACAUACCAAUACACAACAUAUCAAUACACAAUAAACAAAUACACAGCAUACCAAUACAUACAUACACAGUCUAACUAGUGAGCAUAUGUACACCAGUACACAACAUAUCAAUACACACAUACAGUUUGUAUAUUGGGUCCAUGUACACCAGUACACGACAUACCAAUACACAACAUACACAGUCUAAAUAGUGAAUACAUACCAA